UUAGCCCGUAGAUUUUAUUUUAUUCUGGAUUGUCGUACGAGUCAGACGGUUUUCAUUAAAAAGCAAAACAAAAUUUACAAGUGAAAAAAAUACGGGUUUUCUCAAAAUUUUUCGUGUUGCAAACAAGUUUUCGCCUUUCUUUUUCAUAACUAUAUUUUGCUAGACUUAACGUUUGUGGUGAAGAUGCCGUCGGUUAAGGACAUUGUUAAGAUGCGGUCCUGUGCCCACCUGGUAGGCCGCAGCAACGCCAGGGCAUUCGCCACCGAAUGCAAGAAUCCCAAGGGUGCCGUCGUCGGUGUCUACAUGGGAGAAGGCGACAAGCCGGCCAAACCCACCAAGAACGCCUCGGCUCUGGACGAUGCAGUGGGCGGUAAGCUGGUCACAUUGAUGCGGGAACGCGGCCUGAAUGGCGCCCUUGGCAAGGGUCUGCUGUUCAGCGGCUUUGAGGGCGAAUACCAGGCGGUGGCCGUCAUUGGCGCGGGCAAACAUGGCGCGGCCUACAAUGAGAACGAGGAGCUCGACGAGGGUAUGGAGAAUGUGCGCAUUGCGGCCGGCACUGGUGCCCGGGCCCUGCAGCUCCAGGGCAUGCAUGAGGUGCAUGUGGAUGCCUUCGACUAUCCAGAGCAGGCUGCCGAGGGCGCUGCUCUCGCCGUGUGGAGGUUCAAUGCCAACAAGAGGAAGAAGCACAGGCUGCACACACCCAAGCUGGACAUGUAUGGCAAAGGCGACCGCGAUGCCUGGAUCCGGGGACUGUUCAAGGCCGAGUCCCAAAACUUGGCCCGUCGUCUCUCCGACACACCGGCCAACAUGAUGACACCCUCGAUAUUUGCCCAGGCCGCCGUGGAUGCUCUCUGCCCCUGUGGAGUGUCCGUAGAGGUGCGCUCCAUGGACUGGAUCGAGGACAUGAGCCUUAAUUCCUUCCUCAUGAUCGCCAAGGGCUCCUGUGAGCCGCCACUCAUGCUGGAGUGCAGCUACUGCGGCACCUCGCCCGAGGAUCGUCCAGUCCUGCUGCUGGGACAGGGCCUAACCUUCCAUAGUGGCGGCCUGUGCCUGAAGCCCAAGAAGGGCAUGGACAAGUUCCGAGGAGCCAUGGCCGGAGCCGCUGUCUGUGUGGGAGUUCUCCGUGCCGCCGCCGCGCUAUCGUUGCCCAUGAAUAUAACCGCCGUCAUUCCUCUGUGCGAACACAUGCCCUCUGGUAUGGCCGUCAAGUGCGGCGAUGUGGUGUCCCUGCUCAACGGCACCACCAUGGGUAUCAAGAACGUGGGCAAGGCGCCAGUGGUGCUCCUGGCCGAUCCCCUGCUGUACGCACAGGCCACAUUCAAGCCGAAGCUGGUUAUCGAUAUCGGAACGGUGGCCAAGGGCGUCGAUUAUGCCGUCGGCGGCGCUGCCAGCGGUCUGUGGACCACCUCCAAGUCGGUGUGGCAGAGCUUCCGCAAGGCUGGCGGCAUCACCGGCGAUCGCGUCUGGAGAUUCCCGCUCUUCAACUACUACAAGCAAAUCGUGAACAACAACCUCACCUACGACCUGUGCAACUCCGGCCGGGGUCCAGCCUCCUCCUGUCUGGCGGCGGCCAUCCUGCAUUCGCUGGUCCCCUGCGCGGACUGGGCCCAUCUUGACAUCCGCGGCACAGGAAUGACCACCUCGGUCAACCCGCUGCCAUACUUGCUGAAGGACCAUAUGACCGGCCGCCCAACACGUACCGUCUUCCAGUUCCUUUUCCAGAUGGGAUGCCAGGACUAGUAUGCGUCACCACAACCGUAGUUUCAGUCUGGUGCAGAUUUUCCAUCUGUGGGUCCGCUGUCUUGGCCCAUGUACAAUCUUUUUUGAGUCUUUUGGUCUGUGCACUUAAGGAUGUAAUUGGUGUAAAACACUCUUACCGUAAUCCCACGUGGAAUAAAUAUCAAUGAGAUCGAAAGUAA